CGCCAACGCGGUCCCGGCCGGAGACCGCGGCCACCUCACGCUGCUGCACGACCCGCACUCGCCGGACGAGCAUGGGUUCGUGCGCCUCGGGCGGGCCCCAGGCCCGGGCCGGGCUCCUGCUGCUGCUGCUGCUGCUCGGGCUGCUGGCCCCGGGCGCGCGGGGGGCGCGGGGCCGCGGCGGCGCCGAGAAGAACAGUUACCGCCGCACGGUCAACACCUUCUCGCAGAGCGUCAGCAGCCUGUUCGGCGAGGACAACGUGCGCGCGGCUCAGAAGUUUUUGACCCGGCUGACUGAGAGGUUCGUGCUGGGAGUGGACAUGUUCGUGGAGACCUUGUGGAAAGUCUGGAUGGAGCUCCUGGAUGUCCUUGGACUUGAUGUCUCCAGCCUCUCCCAGUACUUCAGCCCAGCCUCUGUGGCCAACAGUCCUGCGCGAGCCCUGCUGUUGGUGGGCGUCGUCCUCCUGGCCUACUGGUUCUUGUCCCUGACCCUGGGCUUCACCUUCAGCAUCCUGCACCUGGUGUUCGGCCGCUUCUUCUGGGUGGUGCGGGUCCUCCUGUUCUCCAUGUCCUGCGUGUACAUCCUGCACAAGUACGAGGGCGAGCCCGAGAGCGCCGUGCUGCCGCUCUGCCUUGUGGUGGCCGUGUACUUCAUGACCGGGCCCAUGGGCUUCUACUGGCGCAGCAGCCCGGGCCCCAGUGUGGAGGAGAAGCUCGAGCACCUGGAGAACCAGGUCAGACUGCUCAACAUCCGCCUCAACAGGGUGCUGGAGAGCCUGGACCGCUCCAAGGACAAGUGAAGGUCAGCCGGCCGGCUGGGUCCGCCGGCCAGAAGACAGAAGAGGAGGAGAAGAGCAGCAGCAGCAGCCCCCAAGCAGUCUCAAUAAACACCGUGCACGCAGGAGCCGCUUGGUGAGGUGUCUCUAACCGCGUGUCAACCUAGGACCCGGUCCAAGAAGGAUGCGAGACCAUUUACAUAGACUACAUGCCAUGUGUCAUUAGUAGAGAAAAUAUUUUUUAAACAAAGGAUAUAACCCUAUUAGCUGUACAGUAAGAGAAAUUUAUCUGUGCAUAGAACAUAAAGUUAAUUUUUUCAAGCAUUUAAAUACAUCUUUUGUAAGGUUUUUAAACAAGGGCAGAUUGAGUCAAGUUUAUGAGAACUUCACACUGAAGGGGAGAAUAUGCUAAUUUGAUCUUUUUAGAGGAGUUUAAAUGCCAGUGUUUGUUUCUGCAACGUUCCGGUGGUGGGUGAGGUCUGUGCUUUCUCUUUGUGGUGCAGGACUGUGAGCUUUAUUGUGUGUCCUGGUGGCUGAUGUGGACUUGGUGGGUGGGUGUUGUCACUUCUAAGCGGGGCCAGUUGAGCUUGAGACUGGAGCUCAACUUCUUGGAUCCUGGGAACCCCGCCAGUCCUGUCAGUCGUAUUUUCUAAAUGAAGAAACCAUCAUUCGUGGGAGCCCCGGGUCUUCCUGCCCCUGUGUCGUAAUGCAUUUAACCUCAGCAUUUCUGGAAGGAGAAUGCACGGACUGAGCCAAGAAGCUCAGGGAUUUGGGACUUGGCGCUAAGCCGCCUGGUGGAGCCUUGCAGGCCGAGCAGGGGCCUGGAGCCGCCUGCCUUUGCCACUUGGGGGUGAGGCCUGUGUGGGAGAGCUGUCCCCGAGGGCGUUGUCCCCGAGGGCGUCUAUCCCCUGGCCCAUCUUGCCCAGGUGACUUGGGAUCUUGGGGGACAAGUGAAGGCCAUGGCUGGUACCACUGCACCGUCUUCCGGUCCUGCCGCUGCUGCUUCUCCCGUUCUCAGGAGAAACAGGCCCUGGAGGGGAUCAGAAUUGUUUUUCUGGAAAUCUUCACAACCCACGUGUUGGUUGCUAUCUGUGCAGGAUCCUUUGGGUGGGCUCUGGGGCAGCGGGGAACACUGCAAGUGGACGGCUGGGGCAUCCCAGGCGAGGCGCGGGAUGGGGGCUGGUGGACUCGCCCUUUGCUGGACCCUGUCGGGCGAGGUGAUGAGCCCUGGCGGGAUGAGGCUCUGGAGUAGGUGGGGUUGCAGUUGCACAUUGUGCCCCUCCCUGGGCCCACGCAGCCUUGUGUGGCGGUGCCUCUGCUCUGAGCACAAGGCCCCAGGUGCCAUCUGGAAUGCACUGUGUAUGCCCGACUCUCGGAGCUGUGCAUCAGUGACCCUCCCUUUUCCUUUUCAAGUACCGGGAGGCAGAGGCAGAUGCUUCAGAGGGUGCAUCUGAAGGUCUGUCCCCAAGGUGUCCCCGACUCAGACUCCAGCUUUGGGUUCGCUUCCUGGGACCCACCCCUGUUCUGGGGCUGGCUUGGGCGAAUCUGUAUUGAUUGGCAUCCAGUUUUGUUGUUUAGCUGUCCCCUUAUACAUGCAGCCUGAGGCCCUUGUAGGCCUGUUUCCUUGCGUGCGUCUGGCUGUGCCAUGCGUCUGGCUGUGCCAGGUUGUGGUACCCAAAGAUGGCUUUGCACACCUUGGUCGGUUCUGUGCACAGUGCUGGUGGGUCCUGCCCUGCAGGGGCUCCUCUGCCUGAGGUCAUCAUGCCUGAGCUGUCCCCUGGUCCAGGUGUGACAUCCACCCCAACCUUUGCCCACAUUCCUCCCACUCUAGAGCCAUCAUCUUUUUAACUCCUGGGCAGUCGGAAGGCGCGUGCCUCUGGGUGCUGGCGGGGCGAGGCCAAAAGUCACUGUGGAAAGCACACAGUGUUUUCUUCAAUUUGGCCACGUAUCAGCUCUGAAGCCACUUUUAUAGUUUGAUAUACUCAAGUAAAAGAUGUCUUCGUUUUUAAUGAAGAAACUAUCAUUAACCAGUAUCAUUUCAGGGUAGAACAUUAUUUGAAAUUCUGAUAGAAACCCUGAGAUGGUAGGUUUAAGGUUUGUCUUGGGUUUUGGUGCUGAGGUGGAACCCAGGGCCCUGCUCCUGGCUGUGUAAGCACUUCACCACUGAGCCCAGCCCUGCCCCAGCCCAGCCCCAGGCCCCACCGCCCCUCCUACCCCCUCCACCCCUCCUGCCCCCCCUACCCCUGCCCCAACCCUGCCCCAGGCCCAGGCCCAGGCCCAGGCCUGAAAAUUUUUGAAUAGUUUUUAGUGCAUAAACUUUGCUUUGUUUGAGUACAUUCCUUUUUUUGGCACUGAGGAUUGAACCCAGCGGUGUUCUGCUACUGACCCACAGCCCCAGCCUCACUAACCUCAGACAGGGCCUCACUAAGUUGUGACCUCCAGAGUGGCUGGGAUCACAGGCGUGCCCACUGCACCUGGCUAUUUGGGUGUAUUCUUAACCCCACUCGUGGAACCUUGUAGAGUAUCUGGCCUCCCCCCAACAUCUCUUUCUUUCUUCUCUCUUUUGUAUGUGAAAAAAUGUAUUUUUGUACCAUAACUCAUAGCCUCGAGGAGAGACCUUUUUAUACCGUCAGGCCUGUAGAAUAUAUUAGUGCAGCACUUCACUGAAUGUGAUAUUAAAAAAAAAAAAAACCGUUUUGAUGGCAACUGCUACGACUCUGUCAUGAUUAAGGGUCAAUUUUUUAAAUAUUUCAAAGUUAACCAGUGUUUAUUUCCCAGAGCUUCAGUAUCACAGUAAGUACUCGCUUUACCAAGGACAGAAAGGAGCCCAGGAAAGGAAGAGGGGGCCACCUCUGGAGCACUGGGUCUGGGUGGCCACCUGGGUGGGGCAUCUGGAGCUGCUGUGGGUGCAGAAGCCUGGCCCAGAGCGCUGCCCAGCACCUGGUGGCCUUAUCCAGCUCUUGCUUUGUGCGUGGCUCCCUGUGGUCUCUGGCAUUGAAGUACAGCCACGGGGCGUCUUGAAAACUGGCCUAGUGGAUGGUACCCAGGGCUUCCUCCACACCAGUGGUUGGUGAUAGUACCUGGAGGUGGCUGCCAUUGGAAAAUUUUAAUAUGGGUCCCCAUUAGGCCACAUGGGUCACGACCAGAGGGAUGGGAAACUGGGACGGGCCUGGGUGCUGGCCAGGAAGUGACCAGAUGGGAACUGAGAACAUGGGGAUUGGGUGAGAGGCCAGGAGAACCGUAGCAGAACUUCUUCAGGGACAGUGACACCUGCUCCGGCCACUCGUUGGUCCUGGGGUCAGCGGGCCUGCAGGGGGUUAGGAAUGACUCAUGGAGAUGACUCUCCAUAGCGUCUGGGGACAGGGCUGUGCCUCGUGGCCAGGGGCAUCCUGAAAUGCUUCCUCUCCGCAAUCCUUGCUAGUUUGUUUGUUUGUUAGGACCUGGGGAUUUAACCCAGAGACAAUUUACCACUGAGCCACAUUCCAGCCCUUUUUAUUUAUCAUUUCAAGACAGGGUCUAAGUUGCUCAGGUUCUCACUGUGUUGCUGAGGCUGACCUUGAACUUGUGAUCUUCCUGCCUCCACCUCCUGAGCUGCUGGGAUUACAGGCGUGUGGCACUGUGUGCACUUCUUGCUAGUUCUUAAGAUGCCUUGAUGAGUGACAUCUGGCUUCCAGGUAGACACUGAUAGUUUCUCCUGGUGGGUUUUGAGUCUGCCAGUCACAAAGCCAGCUCUUGCCAUCCAUCUUGCAUUAGAGGGACCUCCAAAGUCUCCUGAGUGUUGAGCCACCCUACCCCUUUUCGCUUGCCAGGCCGUGGAUUUUUAAAAGGCAUAUUAUCAUCCUGGGGAACUUUUAUUUUUGGCUCUUUGACUGCUUGGACUUCUUGCUAUUUGCUUGUGAAUAGCUGAAUUGUGUGCUUUUUACAGGACCCAACACAGUCCCCUUAAAAUUGUCAACGUGGAGUAGGACCUGGUACCUGGGGCCGCUCAGCACCCUGCAUUCCCAUAGGUGGCCAUGCCCCAAACCAGUUCUCGGGUAGCACAGAACUGGUUUGUGGUUUGCCCAGUCGGCUGAACACAAAACCUUGAAUUUAAGUGUUCAGUUGGAAAUAGGUUGCCAGGUAAAACAGAGAAGGGUUAAACUUGAUGUUGCCAAGCACCCCCCCCCCCCCCCCGCCGUCUCUGCAGCUCCUGAGGUUUCACUGUAGUUCUCCACAGCGUCGUCCCUGUGUCCCUGUGACUAGAUCGAUUCCUGUGAUGGUUGGGUGCAUGCCUAGGACCUUGCCAAGUUCUCUCUUCCCAGCUGGAAGCCCCACUGUGUGGUGCCCGCCAUGGCGCACACUCGAGGUGUGCUGUCUGGUGGUCGGCUUUCUGUGCGCUCAGUUUGUUUGGCACAGUCUGCGUGGUCUGGUCUGUGCGGCGGGAGGCGAGCCCGGCCCGUGUGAGUUCCAUGUGCCCUGGGAGGUGGGUUCUACUGAUCUAUAGAUGUAAAUGUUAUCUGGCUUAUUUUUUCUUUUCUUUUUUAUUUUUUUUGCAAAGUGAUCUGUACAUUCCUCUUAUUUAUUAAAUCACUGGCUUUGGUGUUAUGUGGAGAGAUUUGUAGAUUGAUUUCAGAACAGAAUUAAAAUAUUGUGAAAAUUACAUCUUAAUAAAUGUUUAUUGUAA